AUGUGGCUUCUCCUGCUACUUCCGUCCCUGGCGCUCGCCCAGAACACCUUCCAGAACACGAUAUUCGACCUGCCGGCUCAGUUGGGCGGAGAGCCCGUCGGCGUGGCCGCUCAGGCGCAAGGAGCUCCGCUUUUCGUGCAGACCGCCGCCGACCAAAAGGCGCCGGUCGCUCAGGGUCCGGCGCUCCCGCAAGCGCAGGCAGUCACCGCCGCCCCCUUCACGUUCCCGACGCUUCCGACCGUCGCGCCGUUCACACUUCCGAGCCAUCCGACUCUGGCUCCGUUUACACUUCCGACGCACGCGCCGUUCACGUUCCCCACCCAUCCGCCUCUCGUUUUCGCAGCGCCCAGCACCGCCGCUCCGUUUGUGCCGCCGAGGUGAGUGGAGUGGCAGCCCUCUAGGGUACCGUAACCCAGUCAUUUCGUUCCAGUCCGUACGCAUUUGUGCCGCAAGGACAACAACAGUAUCAGCAGUAUAAUGGAUAUCCGCAACAGCAAGGAAACCAACAAUAUUACAACUACAACAACGGAUACUACAACAACAACAAUAAUAAUAAUCAGGUCGGAUCCUAGAGGCCAGAUCUGGCUUAUCCAGUCCAAUUAUCCUGUCUUUUUCGUGCUAAAAGACGUGUUUCGGUGUGAUGCAUUGGCAGCAUCAUCUUUUUGGAUACACACACACCUAAUCGGAUGACCAAAUGGAUGAAUAAGCGGGAGGAGAAAAAGAUCAGAUUAUUGGGAAAGUGCGAACAUUCCAUUGCAUGUCCCAAUGCCGUUUAUUCAAGACGCUAUAUCUCGGGUGCCGGUAGAGAUAUCAAAAAGUUGUCAACUGACAAAAUGUACAUAAUAUCUAGAUGAACACUUUGUUAGUUGACAACUUUUUCAUAGCUCCACUAGCGGCCGAGAUAUAUUGAUUUUUUCCUAAUUGUGCUUAGAAACUAGACAAUACCUCGCGAAUGACGGGUUUUGGGAUAAAAUGUUCAACUACAAAGUUGUUGGGCACAAAAAUUGCUACAACUUCUCUGUUGACCAGUUUUCGAAAUAAUCAUCAGAUGUUGAGAUAUACAGCAAAUCACAAGUGAACCAAGUUUCUCAACGUUUCUCUUUCAGCCACCUCAACCACAGCAGUUCGCCAACAACUACAACUACAAUCAACAGUACUACAAUCAGCAAGCACAAGUGCCACAAGCGGUCCAACAGGUCCAACCACCUCCGGUCGCUCAACAACAAUUGCCGCAAGUGCAAACUCCCCGAACGGUCUCUCCUGGCGCCGCCCAAUCUUUCGAGACCAACUCUCAGAUUGUGCAGCCGGUGAAGGCGGUUCAGGCGAAUGCGCAAGUGGUCCAGCCGGUCAUCCGUCCUGCCGUCGUGAGUCUUUUUGAACGCCCCCGAAAAACUGAUGGGAUUACUGUACUUUGCAGGCAAACGCAGUGGCCACCGCCACCGUCGUCGACACUGAUUCUUCCGCGAAAAAGGCCGUGGAGUUCAACAAGGCCGCCGAGCCGCCAAAGACCGCCCACGUGGAAAAGGCCACUCUCGAUGCUGAGGUACUGUAUAACAAGGUUACGGGGUACUGUUGCUCGCGGAAGUUGCAAGAGCUACAGUUCACAAAAAAGAGGCCGCAGAAGUCUACAAUAUCCAUUUAAAAGCUCGCUUCCAGGUCGACGCGAACAUCGACCGUCAUUUGUGGUUCUCCGCCGAUUACGACGUCAAGCGUAAGCGUUCCUUUUCUUCACGGCCCACAAUAUUGUCUUCUUCUCGUUCCAGAAUGUCGUCAGAAUCUGAACGGAAUCGGAGUCCGUUUCCAGAAAAAGUUCCCCUCGUACUUGCAAAAGGGCGGAAAGGACCGUGAGUUGGCGGAGCUCGUCGAGCAGAGACUUUUGGAAUGUGAUCGCAAGUCGACGGCUUCUCAUUGGGACAAGGUCGACACUCUUCUGCAGAAGAUCAGUCUCACCAAGAGGUACGCGAAUACCGUCCGGAAUCUAGUGUCCCCCGACACCGCGACAACACACUUCCGAAGCUACCAUAAAAUCGCAUUUUUUUUUUUGCAGCGAGGAAGGAGAAUGCCGUGCGGGACUCAUCCAGGAGCGUAUCUCGUGCGUUAACCUGCUCAAGUACGCGUGCCAAUUCGUCGACUCCUCCUAUCACUUCAAAUUGGUGCCCGCGCGGAUCACGAUCCAAGAGGCCCGUCAGGCCGAGUCUGGCGCCGAGAAGUGCCGGCAGGUCAUCCGAAUUGUCAAGCAACGAUUGGAAUCCGGAGCCGUCACCUUGUAA